UUUUUGCGGACUGUAAGGGAGGGGAACUGUUUCUGAACGAGCCUGUUUUGUCGACGGACCGCAACCGGCGGCAUCACAACCUCUGCAGCAAACUUCCUUCGUCAUUGAAGGCACUGAAGGAGUUGUUUGAAUGUCCUGCUCGCUGGUUGGCGUUUCUGGGACCCUGAUCCCUCUGGAGGAUGGACGAGCUGUGAUUCUGGGCCGGAGUCCAGACACAGGGGUCACCGAUAAGAAAUGCUCCAGACACCAAGUGAAGGUGGUGGCUUGUUAUGCAGACCAGGAAGUGUCCGUGACUCAGCUGGGUCCCAACCCUUGUUUCCUGGGCGUUGAAAAACUGGGCCAGGGCAAGUCUGGUAAACUGGCUCACGGAGGCACUCUGUACCUGGUCAACCAGGAACACCCGUUCACUCUGAGCUUCGCUCUGAGCUCCAAUGGCACAGAUUCCAGCAUGGCUAAGAGGGGUCUGAAAUCCAAAGAUAAGACUAAAGGAGCAAGAAACAGCAAACAAAAAGACGUUCAGUCGAGUCCGACGCCUAAACGCAACAUAAAGGACUUUUUUUCUGCCUCUCCCUCCAAGUUUGCUCUGAAUAUUGGACUUCAGUUCCACACCCCAGAGGAGUACUUCUUAGGCUGGAAGAGCGCCCCCUACAGCCUGCCUGACUUUGACCCGAGGAAGCUUGACUCCACCACCAGGCUGUAUGACCCUCCGUCAGCCUCUCUCACCUCUGAUCAGAUGGAGGUCAUCGUUGCCGUGGGUUACCCUGCAGCUGGUAAAUCCACCUUCUUCCACACUCACGUCAUUCCAAAAGGCUACGACUACGUGAACAGGGACACCCUCGGCUCCUGGCAGAACUGUGUGUCGGCUUGUGAGCGUGCUCUGAGGGCGGGCCGCAGCGUCGCCGUGGACAACACCAACCCAGACCCGGAGUCUCGGAAACGGUAUGUGGACGUAGCCAAAGCAGCAGGGGUGUCCUGUCGCUGUUUCCACUUCUCAGCCUCUUUGGAUCAAGCCAAGCACAACAACAGAUUCCGUGAGAUGGCUCCAUCAGACAGAAAACACGUUAAGGUCAAUGACAUGGUGUUCCACAGCUUCAAGAAACACUUCGUGGCUCCCGCUCUGUCUGAGGGAUUCUCCGAGAUCCUUCAGGUUCACUUCGUCCCAGUCUUCAAAGACGUCCAGUCGGAAACUCUGUUCAGACAAUUCUCCGAGGGCUGACCAGAUCUCCGUUAGCUUUUUACAGUCCGAUGUAACGGCCUCACUUCUGAUUUAUAUUUUGUCUGAAGGGC